AUGCCAUCAUUUUUCCAAGCCCUGUCCAAGUCAACUCUUCAUCCCACGGUCAGGGAAAAGCAUAAAUUGUUCCUGGAGCAUGCUCGUCCGUUUUUCAGCGGGGCUAACAUAAUCUCUAGGGCAGAGAAUCAUCACAGCCUCCUUAGGCUCAAUAAUGAGAGAUCGGAAACGCCUUUGAUCAAACGAAUGGAGCACCACCAAAAGAGCCCGUUUUCAAGUGGAGUUAAGCCAUGCAAUCUGGAAAUUGAGAUGCCAAAGUGGAAACGAUUCAAGGACCACAUAAGGCAGCUUAAACAAAUGUACCAGCCGCCUCAGGACCAGCAGUUAAAAGAUUACAUGCCAAAAAGAAAGCUGCCUCGAGUAAGACGAAAACACUUGUUUGAGCCAAAGAAAAUUUUCAAUAAGAAAGUUUUUGAAAUAAAUCAGAUCAAAAAGCAAGGAAUCAGAUUCAAACCCAGACAAAUUCUAUACGUUUCUUUGGCAAAGCCUAAAAGUUCAAAUCCUUUUAGUCCAGGGUUUUGUCAUGUUCUUUACCAACUGCUUAGUAAAUUUGUGUUCAGAAAAAAAAAAGCGAAAAGGCUAACAAAAUAUGUUAAAUCUAAUAAUAAAGCAAAGAAAAUAUAUGAAAGGGGCAACAAUCAAGCAUCCAAACUCUUACAGAAAUCUUUACAUAGCAAAAUAUUCACUGGGAAAGAUACAGAAAAGAAGCUAACAGAACUGUGGCCAGCCUUAGUAGAGCUGGGCGAGUUGAAAGGUCCCAAGAAUCCCCCAAGGCCAACCAAAACCAUGCGGUAUACAAUUUUAAAGAAACUAUCUCGAACUGCCUUAGAUUUGCCGACGGAAUAUAGAGAAAUUUUGAAGCACAUUCCAAAGAAAAAUGUAAUAAAACACAAUAUUAUUUCUUCUUCUGAACCAUCUAAAAGACCGACGAUUCGAGAAAUUAAAAAUCUCAAAAAACAGCCUUCCGUAAACAAUCGAUUUGCUUUUAAGCUGGGUAAAAGUCUAAAAAUUCACGACUAUGGGUUCAAGUACCUGAAGGAUCGGGCCUCGAAGCUUGAUGACUUCAGUAGAACAAAUAUUCUAAAGGUCCAGCAAGCAUAUUCUAUUUCACCACCGGAAGCGGAAGUUGUUUCCAGCAAAAAGGUCUUCCACACUAUGGACAUGAGUUUAAGACGUUCCACUAGGCAAACUGCGGAGAAUAUGUUCCUUAACAUACACAGAGCUUACGAAAGAAAAAUUUCCUCAAAGACACAACUUUUAGAGCAACUUCAUCGCUUAAAUAAUUUAAACCGUGGAGAUCGGAACAACUUUGAGUAUUUCGGAGAAACUGACUCCGACUUGUCGGAUCAAUUUAACAUAACAUUUGAGUCGACUAAAAGAAUUAAGCAAUCCAAGGCGAACGCUGCACUCACUGUUUCAGACAUCAAUUCGCCCCAAGAACUCUUUGCUUUCGAUGAUUAUGAAGUAGUCCAUGUUCCUUCUAAUAAAAAAAAACCUAAACCAGUAAAGCUCUACAAGAAACGAAAACCUAAGAAUUUUAAAAGAAUUCCUGUACCGCAGGCUGAUGCAGUUACUCAAACUGAAUGCGAAUGUGAAAUUUGCAAUUUUCUUCAGAAAUAUAAGGCAGAAAAAAUACCACCAUUGGUGAAGGAAAUGGCAAUCAAACAAGACUUCUUGGCGCAACGACAAUACUAUAUGGAAAAUGUAAAGCAUAGAAACUUUAAAGAGUCGAAUGCGGAAAAAAGGCAAAACGUUUCGGGCUCAGUAAUACCAUUCAAUCAAAGCGAUUACAAUAAAAAUAUUUAUUUGCGGGGCUUCGAUCGGCUUUCCGAAAACUAUCGGAAAAUGCGAACACCCUUCGGUAUCGGAAAUUCCAACCCACAAACAUUUAAAGCUUACAGGGAACCCGAUGUGACAAACGAUUUCUUACGAUGCUAUAAAACCCUUUUUGAAGCUGAACAGCAAACACAUAAUUUGUGUACUAAUGUUUUUGAUCCAAGGGAAAAUAUUUUUCGAGCAUGAAGAUACACGUAGCCGUUUUCAUUUGCUGUUAACAAAGUGGUAAAAUUAUGCCUUCAACAAAAAAGUACGAAAAGUACGUUGACUUCGUUGUAUUGAAUUCGUUGACACUGAACUCUGUGUUCACUUCUUAUGUGACCACGGAAACGAACACAGAGUUCAUUUCAAAGAAAUUCAAUUGAAUGCAGCUAAGGAAAUUAUGUUGGUUAAUUUACAAUGUAAUAGACAAACACAAGAAGAGAGAAAAAAGACCAGUUGAAUAAAAACGAAUUGUUUGAUCAAAAGAGGCACGGUCACGUUUGCCAUCAAUCCCAAUUCAGAUGGUAAUUACAUAACUUUCCCUGAUGUGAGUGCCAUCAACGGAAUGCCGUGCAAAUGACGGUCAUUAGUACGCCCUCCCCAAAGGAUAGAUUGGGGUGGUGGCACAAUGGAUGACUGAUUGAUUUAGAUUGGGGAUAGAACGGGCACAUUCCUAAUGACAAUUUUCCAUUUCCCGAAUUCACCCCAACUGCCUACUCACCGAU